AGUUAAGUAGGACUGCUGGGUAUAUCGUUUCAUAUCAUAAGAGACUAACUAAUCCAUAUCCAUGCACUUGCAUAUAUUUAUUGCUGAAGUUUAUGUAUUUGAUUUCGGCAUUGAAAAGAAAAGGACACGCACGAACAAUACGUGCGCCAUCAAAUUAAUAUUAUUUUGGAUUUAUUUUACUGAAUUCUAUAUAUACACUACUUCAUUAAAAUGAUAAAUUAUUAUUAGUUAGAAUUUUAAUUUGUCCCACCACCAGAGAUGUUAUUCCCUGAUUAAUUAGUUAUAAUGUUUUUAAUUUAUAUUUAAUAAUUUGAAUUUCUGCUGCUGUUUUUAUUAUUAUAAAAAGACAGAAAAUGGCUUCUUAUGUAUAAAUGCGUACGGAAAAGUGCAUUUUAUAAAAUUUAGAAAUAUAUAUUGAAAAAAAAAAAAAAAAAAAGGUUUGGUUCGAGAGUGAGCUUAUAAAAAGCAUGUUUAUGCAAGGCACUCACCUUAGCCUCUUCCCUCCCUCCUAAAAGGAAUCUCUUCGUACAGCUCCAUAUCAAUCCGUAGAUCUCUGUUUUCUCUCUCUCUUUCCCCCUUCUUAUGAACCUCUUCUUAUUCAUCUCCGAGAAACCAUAUAAAACCAAGAACAAGAAAUUCAAGAAAACACACAAAUACAUAAUAUAAUAUAAUUAUUAUAUCAUCAUGUUCAAAUCAUCAUCCUCAUCAUCCUCACAAGAACUUCCAAAUUGUUUCUAUCAAAACCAACCAGUGUUGGUCUCUCCUUUAACCCCAACUCCAAAACAUUCUCUUUAUCUUUCAAAUCUUGAUGAUCAAAGGUUCCUUAGGUUCUCCAUUAAAUAUCUUUACCUUUUCAAGAAAUCUGUUAAUCUAGAUAUCUUGAAAUAUUCACUUUCUAAAGUUCUCGUCGAUUACUAUCCACUAGCUGGGAGGUUAAAAACUAGUUCUGAGGGCGAUCACAAGCUUGAAGUUGAUUGUAAUGGUGAAGGUUCUGUCUUUGCUGAAGCUUUCUUGGAUAUUACUGCUGAACAGUUUCUUGAACUUUCCAAGAAACCAAACAGGUCUUGGAGAAAACUUUUGUAUCGAGUUGAAGCUCAAAGUUUCCUGGAUAUUCCUCCUCUCGUAGUUCAGGUAACGAACCUAAGGUGCGGAGGAAUGAUCCUAUGCACCGGGAUUAACCAUUGUCUAUGUGAUGGCAUUGGGACAUCUCAGUUUUUACAAGCAUGGGCCCAUGUUACCGCGAAACCGAAUCUUGAUCUUCCGAUCGUACCAUUCCACGCUCGCCACGUGUUAAAACCCCGAAAUCCCCCGCAAAUAACCUUCACACAUCCUGGAUAUGUCAGAAACACCCCUAAUAAGGACAAUGAUCCUACUGGCCUCAGCCUCAAUCACUAUUUACAGUCUCAGCCACUAGUGCCCACCUCCUUAACCUUCACCACAUCUCAUAUCCUACGCCUCAAGAGGCAAUGUUUCCCUUCGCUAAAAUGCACCACCUUUGAAACGCUGGCAUCGCACACAUGGCGCUCUUGGGUUAGAGCUCUGGACUUGUCACCUUCACUUAAUGUGAAGCUCCUUUUCUCAGUUAAUGUCAGGAAAAAGUUGAUACCAGAAAUGCCACAAGGGUAUUAUGGGAAUGGGUUUGUGCUGGGCUGUGCACAGACCAUGGUCAAGGAUUUGACCACUAGUAAUUUGCACCAUGGGGUCAAAUUAGUCCAACACGCUAAAUCAAGUUUAAGUGAUGAUUAUAUUAGGUCAAUGAUUGAUUUAUUGGAGGAUAAAACGGUUAAAACAGACCUUUCUGCAAGUUUGGUUAUUUCUCAAUGGUCUAAAUUAGGAUUAGAAGAUUUAGAAUUCGGAGAAGGGAAGCCCUUGCAUAUGGGUCCUUUAUCUAGUGAUAUUUACUGCUUGUUUUUACCGGCUAUUGGUGAUGUUAAUGCGGUAACCGUGCUGGUAUCGGUGCCGGAAAGUGUGGCUGCUAAGUUUGAGUAUCAUAUGAUGGAAGACCUUUGGGAUAAAGAAACUAAGGAUGCAAAUGGCAAUGGGUUCUGUUAGAAGAAAACAGAUUGAUUUGAAAUGCCUUAUUAUGCCAUAUGUAGGUACUGUUUUCUUUUUGAAUAAUUGUUUCACUCAAUAAGCACCUUGGGAUCAACCUACUGUACUACGGGUACGUCCAUGUGAAGGUGAAAUCUGACUGACACAAUUCUAAAAAUUUAGUUUGCAUU